AACCCUGGGAGGGAGCCCCAGAUGAUGUCUGUCUGGAGGGAUUGGGUGGGGGCCCAAAGAAAGAGGAACCGGAGUGCCUGGGCCCUCCCACUGGCAGCCGACCUCAGCUGGGUGCGGUGAGGGUGGGUUUAUAAAAGGGUCAGUAUAUAUUGAGAGGAGGAGAGAAAGAGAAACGGGAGCAAGAGAGAAGGAGGCCCAGACAGGGAGGGCAGGAGGGAGAGAAGAGACGCAGAAGGAGAGCGAGCGAGAGAGAAAGGGUUCCGGAUUGGAGGGGAGAGCAAGGGAGGGAGGAAGGCGGUGAGAGAGGCGGGGGCCUCGGGAGGGUGAAAGGAGGGAGGAGAAGGGCGGGGCACGGAGGCCCAAGCGAGGGACGAGACUCCGACUCCAGCUCUGACUUUUUUCGCGGCUCUCGGCUUCCACUGCAGCCAUGUCACUCCUCUUGCUGGUGGUCUCAGCCCUUCACAUCCUCAUUCUUAUACUGCUUUUCGUGGCCACUUUGGACAAGUCCUGGUGGACUCUCCCUGGGAAAGAGUCCCUGAAUCUCUGGUACGACUGCACGUGGAACAACGACACCAAAACAUGGGCCUGCAGUAAUGUCAGCGAGAAUGGCUGGCUGAAGGCGGUGCAGGUCCUCAUGGUGCUCUCCCUCAUUCUCUGCUGUCUCUCCUUCAUCCUGUUCAUGUUCCAGCUCUACACCAUGCGACGAGGAGGUCUCUUCUAUGCCACCGGCCUCUGCCAGCUUUGUACCAGCGUGGCGGUGUUUACUGGCGCCUUGAUCUAUGCCAUUCACGCCGAGGAGAUCCUGGCGAAGCACCCGCGAGGGGGCAGCUUCGGAUACUGCUUCGCCCUGGCCUGGGUGGCCUUCCCCCUCGCCCUGGUCAGCGGCAUCAUCUACAUCCACCUACGGAAGCGGGAGUGAGCGCCCCGCCUCGCUCGGCCGCCCCCGCCCCCUCCCGGCCCCCCUCGCCGCGCGUCCUCCGAAAAAUAAAACUUUAACCGCGA